AAUAACGCAAAUUCGAACCACCCCACUAACGACACGUGUCCUGUCUCUUCUCGUUUGACGAGUCAACUGCUGAGAAAAUUACUCCUCACUGACAAGGAUUAAGUCGCCAUGAACGCCGGCAGCCGUUUUUUCCAGAGAGCCUCUGAGGCUUUCCGCCGCUACCCCUUUCUCCCCAAAGCACUCGUCAUUGUCACCAUCAGCGGUGGAGGUCUAGCGGCAUCCACACAGACGAAUCUACUGGGCACCACUGCAUAUGCGGAUGCGGGUGAGGUGAAGAGGAAGAAAGUUGUAGUCUUAGGAACAGGUUGGGCAGGCAUGAGCUUUCUGAAAACGUUGAAGGAUCCAUCCUACGAUGUUCAGAUCGUGUCUCCUCGGAACUUCUUCGUUUUCACUCCGCUGUUGCCCAGUGUCACCGUGGGCACGGUUGAGGCGCGCAGCGUUGUUGAGCCGAUACGCAAAAUUGUCAGAGGCAAAAAAUUCGACGUCCAGUUCAAGGAAGCCGAAUGUUACAAGAUUGACACAGAGAAGAAGAAAGUGUUUUGCCGUUCAUCACAGGAGUCCAGUAUGGGUCGAUCUGCGGAAGAGUUUUCAGUCGAUUAUGACUACUUAGUGAUCGCCAUGGGUGCUCGUUCCAACACGUUCAACACCCCAGGUGUUGUGGAGCAUGCGCACUUCUUGAAGGAAAUAGAAGAUGCCAAGAAGAUCAGGAGGAAUGUGAUAGAUUGCUUUGAAAGAGCAAACCUUCCCAGUGUCCCUGAGGAGGAGAAGAAGAGGCUUUUGAACUUUGUUGUUGUGGGAGGUGGCCCUGCUGGAGUGGAGUUCGCUGCAGAGCUUCAUGAUUUGGUGACAGAGGAUUUGUUCAAGCUGUACCCACAUCUCAAAGAGUAUGUCAAGAUCACACUCCUCGAGGCCGGGGGUCAUAUUCUUAACAUGUUUGACAAAAGAAUUACAGCUUUUGCUGAAGAGAAGUUCCGAAGAGAUGGCAUUAAUCUGAAAACUGGGUCGAUGGUUGUUAAGGUUUCUGAUCGUGAGAUUACAACCAAGGAGUUCAGCACUGGCAAAACAGCCUCAAUACCUUAUGGGAUGGUUGUCUGGUCCACUGGUAUUGGAACUCGCCCUGUUGUCACAGAUUUCAUGAAGCAAAUUGGCCAGACAAAUAGGCGAGUCUUGGCAACAGACGAAUGGCUUCGAGUGGAAGGAUGCACAGACAUAUAUGCCUUAGGUGACUGUGCCACUAUAAACCAACGUACAGUCAUGGAAGACAUUGCGGCCAUCUUUAGCAAGGCAGACAAGAACAAGUCUGGUACCCUGAAAAUGGGAGAUUUCAAGGAAGUGAUUAAUGACAUAAGUGAAAGGUAUCCUCAAAUAGAGAUUUAUCUGAAGAAGAACAAGAUGAAAGGUUUUGCUGACCUGCUCGGGAGUGAAGAAGAUGGCACUGAAAUCAACAUCGACAAGUUUAAGACGCUGCUCUCUGAGGUCGACCUGCAAAUGAAAACUCUUCCUGCUACAGCACAGGUUGCUGCUCAACAGGGUGCUUACCUGGCAGACUGUUUCAACCGCAUGGAAAUAUGCGAACAGAGCCCAGAAGGUCCAAUAAGGUUCCGGGGGACAGGACAGCAUAGAUUCCGUCCUUUUAGGUACAAACAUUUCGGGCAGUUCGCACCACUGGGCGGAGAACAGACGGCGGCUCAGCUCCCCGGAGACUGGGUUUCCAUAGGACAGAGCACCCAGUGGCUUUGGUAUUCAGUGUAUGCAAGCAAAUUGGUAAGCUGGCGCACAAGGAUUUCGGUUGUGACCGAUUGGGUUCGGCGCUUCACUUUUGGUAGAGACUCCAGCCGAAUCUGA